AUGUCUUACGACCAGACCGAAAGCGUCAUCAAGAAAAUAAUUCGCGAAAUUGGACAAGAAUGCGCCGCCCAGGGACAAACCGUUUCCGAAACCUUGGUGGCGUUUGUGGUGAAAGCUGUUGUUUUAGAUCCAAGAAAUGACUUUAAUGUGGAUCAAAUCCUUACCAAAAAAGAUGUGCAAAAUCUUAUCCAGCUCUGUGUUGCCAGACUGCUUGACACAACCAGCCCAUCCCUGAGCACAAUUAAGAUGCAAGUUUACUUUGAUAUGAACUAUGCAAACCGAGCUGAAUUACUCAGUGAGCAGCGGCGUGUUCUGGAGGGAAGGCUGGCUCCUGUGGUCAGAGAUAUCACAGAUAGUCAUCCUCAUGUGCAAGAGGAAAUGGAGAAUGUGUAUCUAAAGAUCAUUAGCUAUGUGCUGCUGAGCUCUGGCCUGGGACCCCCAACAGAUAUUGAGGUUGUCAGGGAGGCAACAGCUGCCCUGCAGAGUGUAUUUCCCCAGACAGAGGUGAUUACUUUCAUCUCACUCAGUAAGAAGAACAAAGAGCAACAGCUGAAAACCCUUGCCAUGCUAGUCAUGGGAAUUCGGUUGUACAACAAGGAAUGUGGGAAAGGAGGAAGCAGCAUUGACGAGU